AUGGAGGACGAGCUUAUUAUCUAUGAGGAUUCCUCCGACCAAUACCCAGAUACCUAUCCAACUAGAACUGCAGAGCAUUGGAGUUCCGAUAGGCUGACGUCUACCGAAAGUGUAGAGUCUCCAUGUUCUAAAACGGAUGAUUUAAUUAAGUAUGAUGCAUCAUGCGACUAUUCCCUCCGUGAGGAAGCCGCCUGUGCCGCCUUGUCAAGCAAUACAAAUGUAGAUUCCACCCCUACGGAGGCAUAUCUAUCGCCUCAGAAACCUACAUCAUCCAAAACCCUUUUAUCUUACCAAUAUUAUGAAGAGACGAGCGGGUUUGAAUCUUCAGAUAUUCAUACAAAAGAUGAAUUUAUUAACCUUAUGGAUGAUGAUUAUUACCCAUCCCCAAGCCAUCAAAGUUCAAAGCGCCCUAAAUCCGUUGUAGUCGGAAAUAAUAUGGUCGGAGAAGUAGAAAUUAUGCAAACGGCAUUACCUGAUAAUCACCCAGUUUACAUCGACAAUGAACCGGGUUGUGAUACUACUGACGGUACCACGGUCAACGGUUAUGCCAGGGCUCCAGGUUUUAGUCCGCUCCAUGGAAAUAAAAGUUCUCAUACACACGGUGUUUCCACAAUGAACCUAACUUCUCAGAGUAUCGAAUACUCUUCGAGUGACAAAAUGGGUAAGGUUAACACCUACAGUGGUUCUGACACAAAUGAAUAUGAGUAUCAUUGCACUAAUACACCAUCGCUUACUUACCUGGAUCCAUUCGUUCGACACAUGUUUCCGUCUCGUGCGGCAGAUCCAUCAGCAGUUCAAGGCUUGAGCUCAGACCAAAUUCUCCUUCGGACGUGCUUCCGCAUCGGCGAAGCGCUGACCUCUCAUAAUACCCUCACUGCCGGAAAUGAAAAAAACCUGCCCGGAACUACCUUGGUAGAGCUCUAUGCACUUGUGACUGAGUCUUACCGCAGUGGACCUCUCCAAGUUUUUAUCUUCUCAGAUAUCUUUUUCCCCGCACAUCCUCCAUACCUAGUAGGAGAAUGGUGUGGAUGGCAACAUAACAGCUACCUGAACCAAGUCGGCAGGUAUUUUUUGAGUGGAUACAGCACUAAACGUGUCCACUGCUAUGGAACAAAGUUUAACACCCCACAAUUCUCAGGCCACGGACCAGGUGGGUAUCCCAAAAUCUGUAGAGUUGUGGGCGUUCUCUCCCAGGGGGCCAAUAUAACGUCGGGAAUCGAGACUACUUUACAACAACUUCCGAACCUCCGUCUGCUGGGAGAACAGAAGAGGCUCAGAAUACUACGUAUUCAGAAGGCUGACUGGUCGGAUAUCAAGCUGAUGAAAGAAGCUCUAAACACCUAA